CCUGCUUGUCUGCUGAUUGAUUACUAGGGGUGGUGGCUUGACAAAGCCAACCAUUAAAUUAGCAUCUUCAUCCUUCUAAGUUCCCGAAUCAACAUCGUGUCCUCUGUACUUUGUACUGCCACCUCAGUUUUCCAGCAUGUAAUAUCCAUCCCGCGAGUAAUCAGCCCGCACCAUCCGUCUCAAACUCAAAGCUCGACACUGAUGAGGUUCGAGAUUGUGCCCGCACAUUGGUCUGCAGACGACUCGCAUUCUGCCAGCCGAUUGAGCCCGGCGCCAUGGGCAGUUGGACUGGAUUUCUCCUGACCUACCUCCUGGGCGGUGUCACUUUUAUUCCUCUUCUACUUGUCGCAGUUCUGAUCCAUGCGUAUUUCACGUUUCCAAUUCGCCACAAGGUCGAUAACGAUAACAAGGCUAACGGACCAGACGAUGGAUCCGACAGCAUCGUCCAACCCGGUGACGACACGACCGAUCUGAAGGUGGCGCUGAAGGCUCAGAAGGUGCAGGAAGAGGAGGGAAAACCAAAGCACACAGAUGUUAUAGACGUGGCGGCGGGAUACUUUGCAGUAUGUCGAGAAUACACGCCCAUGGGCAUCAAUGCAAAGCCUAUCGAGCGUUCUACCCCCGUGGGAAUGACCACGGUCGCAGCACCGAGUCAAAGUGUGUACCAGGUAAUGUACCGGAGCAUAUUCGACAGGAAGCAGAGUCCAAGUCCCCUUGACAACGCCAACGGUGGUAGUGGACGGCCUAAGAGGGCUGGAAAUGUCUUCUACGUGGUGCUUAGACAUGGACACCUGAUGUUAUUCGAUGAUGACGAGCAGCUCGAAGUACGGCACGUAAUAUCGCUAGCACACCAUGAUGUUAGCAUAUACUCUGGAGGAGACACGACACCCGAGGGGGAGCUCUACAUCAAGCGGAAUGCAUUAUGUCUGUCGAGAAACAAGGAUGGAUUCGAAAUAGCCCCGGAUACCCAGAUAUCCAAGCCUUUCUACCUCUUUUCUGAGAACUGCUCCGCCAAGGAAGACUUCUACUUUGCUCUUCUUAGGAACAAGGAACAGGUCUUUGGACCCGACAACAAGGCGCCCCAGCCUCAAAGGUUCGAAGUCAAGAACAUCAUCUCGCUGGUACACAAACUGCAUUCUUCCGAGGAGCAUUUGCAGACCCGGUGGCUCAAUGCUCUGAUAGGUCGCAUUUUCCUUGGUCUCUACAAAACUUGCGACAUGGAGAAUGCGAUUCGCGAGAAAAUCACCAAGAAAAUAUCACGGGUCAAGCGCCCUUCGUUUCUCACACGGAUUGCAAUCCAGAAGAUCGAUACUGGAGAUUCAACUCCGUUCAUUACGAAUCCGCGACUCAAGGAGUUGAAUAUUGAAGGAGAAUACGUAAUGGAAGCUGACGUUAGGUAUACUGGUAAUUUCCGGCUGGAAGUGGCCGCUACGGCAAGGAUCGAUCUUGGAAGUCGUUUUAAAGCGCGCGAGGUCAAUCUGGUUCUGGCCGUGGUAUUGAAGAAAUUGGAAGGGCACAUCCUUUUCAAAAUAAAGCCGCCUCCAAGCAACCGCAUCUGGUUCUCCUUCCAGACGAUGCCCAAGAUGGAAACAAUGAUCGAGCCUAUUGUCAGUUCAAGGCAAAUCACGUACACAGUCAUCCUGCGCCAGAUCGAAAACCGCAUCAAGGAGGUUGUUGCCGAGACCCUUGUGCUCCCUUUCUGGGACGAUAUGCCUUUCUUUAAGACGGAGCACAAACAGUGGCGAGGAGGCAUAUUUGUUGGUGACGACGCCGUCGAGCACUCGGAGGACUAUGAGGAAAUCGCCGCAGCGCUCGGUCACGUGGACGAGGUAUCUCAUAUAGAAGAGACAGGUGCGCCCACGUCUCCUGAACUACCGCCUGUGGCAAAGAGCCACAGUCUGCCCGUGGUAGAAAAAGACAGCACCCAGUCCACGGGCUUCUGGGGUCGGAAAGUGGCCAAGAAACCGACAACGGUUGGUGGAAAUCAAAGUGCCUCGGCAUCAACAACUGCUCUCGAUGCUAAGAGCCCGCGGAGCUCCACGCCGGAAACGAGCUUAAUGCCACGAGCUAUUCGAAAAGGGUCUUUUUCCGCAUCUAACCCAACUGUUGGCACUGACCCUACACAUUCAGAAACGUUCAAGCCGUCUUCAUCGCCGCCAGACCACGAUGCUGUAAGCGCAAUAGCCAACUUGGCUGCGAAGUCGAAUAAGGAGUCGUCCACUAGCAUACCAUCGCCACGCAUGUCGUUUGUCAAAGCUUCUGAAAGGUCGUCAACGUCUUCAUUGGAAGCUCUUACUGCGGGAAAUGAAAACGAAAACGAAAAGACACCUGUGUCACCGGCGCGACGAGGUACGACCUCAUCGGUUGAGAGCUCUUCUAGCGAGGCGAAUUCAUCGGGUUCGCCCGCGCCCUCAACCAAGGGAUCGAUGAAGAGUGCUACUGGGUCUAUUGGUCGGGGCUUGUUUUCACGUAGAGAGACGGGGCAGUCCGUUGCAUCGAACGGGACCAACGGCGCUCCGGAAAACAAACGCAACACUCUUGCCGCGGUAUCCAACGCAGCCGCUACCGCGAAACGUUGGGGUUUGAAUGCCCUUCAACGUAACUCUGACCAAGGGCCAGAUGGACACAAGCCCGAUCACCCAACCGUGGAUCUCAGUCAGCCUAUGGGGCGAGGCCAACCGAUUCCUGCUUCUGUAUUACCCCCGCCGGAACCUGACAGGAGACCUAAAGCAACCCCCCAGCCGGUCCCGAAGCGUAGGCCUAUGCCUCCACCCCAGUCAUCAUCAGCACGCGAAAGCUCGACAUGUGUCAACUCAGUCAAGAAAGACCGCCGAGUUCCGCCGCCCCCUUUACCCAGACGUAGACGUUUAACCGAGCGGUACCCGGAGGAAGGAAACGAUGAGAUGUUUGUGGUCGAAGCGCCCGCGGACUCGGAACCCACCACACCUAUGCACGAAGAGCAUGACCAUGAGCAUUCUCAUCCGUACAUGCCGCCGUGGGUCGAGGACUCCGAGGAUUUUGACGGAAGUGAUGAGCACUCUACGCCUAGCGAGGUGCCAAUACUACCCAAACCAGGCCCACCUGCACUUCCGAAACGGGUUUUCGAGGGAGCUCGCAGACAUACGGAUGAUGAUGACGAUUACUCAAACUGGUUGGACAACCCAGAAUUUGAGGCAAAUGAGGACGGGCGGCCGGAACAAGUGGAGGAACCUAGGAAGGAGUAAACUUGCAUUUUUCGGAGCAUGGUCAGUGGGCAAACCAAAUUAUUCCCCAGGGUUUGCCUGGGAGAGAACCUGCCGAUGGACUUGGGAUCGGCAUACACAGGCAUACAGCAUACAGUGGUAAGGGGUAAUAGGAUGGGACUGUAGAAGCCACGGUUGGCGUUGGGUUCACAAUUCAUGGAUAUGCACAACUAUAUCAAGGAUACAGGCAAGAAGAGCAUGUGAG